UCCCCGCCCAGCAGCAGCGUGAACGCGCACAGUUGUGCGCCUGAGAGUGGCCGCACUGAUUAUCAAAGCACAGAGGAGUUUUCAGUCACAGUCAGCGAGCUGCGAGAGACGGCUUCUUAAUUACAUUCAGACAGGUUUGGAUACAAAUGCGUAAGUUUUCAGCGCGGACUUGACUUUCGAGUAGUUGUUUGGAGGCGAGCGACGGGAGAGAAGGAAACAAAUUAAUUCAGUGAGAAUGUCUGGAAUUAAACUAGACCUGUAGGAAUUUUGUGUGGCUACGAGCGCUGGAACCCACCUUGGGAAGAGACGAAAAACUUCAGUUCCACUCACAAUUUACUUCAGAGUUCACGUCUGGAGUGGUAAUGUCUUGAACUGGUGGCCCUUCCAGCCCAGUAAAGGACGUGCCAGAGCCGGGCUGUUGCUAAUGGGAACUCCUGCUCCGCCAUGAGUGCUCGUGAUGGCGUUGGUGGUGUGGGCACCCUGGGCCGGCGGCAGCGCUUUGAGAACUCAGAGUUCACUGUGCGCAUCUACCCCGGCGACCUGGCUGAGGGCACCAUUUACUGUCCGAUCAGCGCCCGCAAGACCACCACAGCUGCCGAGGCCAUCGAACGUGUCAUUGACCGCCUGCACCUGGACCGUACCAAGUGCUAUGUUCUGGCUGAGGUGAAGGAGUUUGGUGGGGAGGAAUGGAUUCUGAACCCCUGCGACUGUCCUGUGCAGAGGAUGAUGCUCUGGCCCCGUGUGGCCCUAGAGCACCGUCUCCUCUAUGGAGGCGAGGAUUACCGAUUCCUCCUAAGGCAGAAGAAUCUGGAUGGUUCAAUUCACUAUGGUGGCAGCCUCCAGAUGUGGCUGCAGAUCACAGAGGAGCGUAGGCUCAUGGUGCAACGCGGACUGCUACCACACCCUGAAUCUGAGGGUGACCACGCAGAUCUUUGCUGCCUGGCGGAGCUCAAUGAGCGCUCGUUGCUGGACAACCUGCGCUCACGCUUCCGCCAGGAAAAGAUCUACACCUAUGUUGGAAGCAUUCUCAUUGUCAUUAACCCCUUCAAGUUCCUGCCCAUCUACAACCCCAAAUAUGUGAAGAUGUAUGAUAAUCAUACACUGGGACAUUUAGAGCCACAUAUUUAUGCCGUGGCAGAUGUGGCUUACCAUGCCAUGCUGCAGAGACAGAGGAAUCAGUGCAUUGUUAUAUCUGGGGAGAGCGGCUCUGGGAAGACACAAAGCACAAACUUUCUCAUUCAUCAUCUGACUGCUCUCAGCCAGAAAGGGUUUGCCAGUGGAGUGGAGCAGAUAAUCUUGGGGGCUGGACCAGUACUAGAGGCAUUUGGGAAUGCAAAGACAGCCCACAAUAACAACUCCAGUCGCUUUGGCAAGUUCAUUCAGGUGAACUACCAGGAGAGUGGCACUGUGAGAGGAGCAUAUGUUGAGAAAUACCUCCUGGAGAAAUCAAGGCUGGUGUAUCAGGAGCACAAUGAGCGCAACUACCAUGUGUUUUACUACCUGCUGGCAGGAGCGAGUGAAGAUGAGAGGACAGCCUUUCACCUCAAGAAGCCUGAAGAAUACCAUUACCUCAGUCAGAUGACAAAGACAACCCGCCAACUGCACUGGGACAGUUACUAUGAGAGUGAAUCGGACUGCUUCACUGUAGAAGGAGAGGACCUGAAGCAUGACUUUGAGAGGCUUCAGCUGGCCAUGGAGAUGGUGGGCUUUCUUCCUGCCACACGCAAGCAGAUCUUUUCCCUGCUGUCGGCCAUCCUUCACCUGGGCAACAUCCGCUACAAGAGGAAAACCUAUAGGGAUGACUCAAUAGACAUCUGUAACCCAGAGGUGCUGCCUGUCGUCUCAGAGCUGCUGGAGGUCAAAGAAGAGAUGCUGUUUGAAGCUCUGACAACACGGAAAACAGUUACUGUGGGAGAAAAGCUGAUCGUCCCCUACAGACUUGCUGAGGCUGGUACAGUGCGAGAUUCCAUGGCGAAGUCUCUGUACAGUGCUCUGUUUGACUGGAUUGUCUUCAGGAUCAAUCACGCUCUGCUCAACAUCAAGGACCUAGAGGAGAUCACCAAGAUCUUGUCUAUCGGAGUGCUUGACAUUUUUGGUUUUGAGGACUAUGAGAGCAAUAGCUUCGAGCAGUUCUGUAUCAACUUUGCAAAUGAACGUCUCCAACACUACUUCAACCAGCACACCUUCAAGCUUGAGCAGGAAGAAUAUAGGGCAGAGGGCAUCAGCUGGCGAAAUAUCGACUACAUCGACAAUACAGGCUGCAUCAACCUGAUCAGUAAGAAGCCCACAGCGCUGUUCCACCUACUGGAUGAAGAGUGCAAUUUCCCUCAGGCCACCAACCAGACUUUGUUGGAUAAGUUCAAGCGGCAGCACGAGGGGAACAGCUACAUCGAGUUCCCUGCUGUCAUGGAGCCUGCCUUCAUUAUCCGACACUAUGCUGGCAAAGUCAAGUAUGGUGUUAAGGAUUUCAGAGAGAAGAACACAGACCACAUGCGCCCAGACAUCGUAGCUCUGCUAAAGAGCAGCAAGAACGCCUUCAUCUGUGGGCUGAUUGGCAUCGAUCCCUCAGCCACUUUCCGCUGGGCGGUGCUCCGAGCCUACUUCAGAGCCCUUGUGGCUUUCAGAGAGGCUGGGAAGAGACGCAUGCAGAGGAAGACUGGGCAUGAUGACGCUGCUUCCUGUGCAGUUUUGAAAAGUGUGGAUAGUUUUAGCUUUCUACAGCAUCCUGUGCAUCAGAGAAGCUUAGAGAUCCUGCAGAGAUGCAAAGAGGAGAAGAACAGUGUGACCAGAAGGAGUCCACGUACACCACUGUCAGACCUUCAAGGAAGCAACACCAUCAAUGAGAGAUCACCACGGCGUUCUCUGGGGCUCGGCUGGAGGGAAGGCGUGGGUCGACAGAGUCGCUUAUCAUCCGGCAGCUCCACAACAGAAAAUGACAUCACCUUUGUCAACUCUGCCAGCAGCAAACUCCUUGAGAGGGCUCACGACAUCCUCAUGAGGAACAAAAACUACAAAUCUAAACCAGUUCUUCCAAAGCAUUUACUGAAUGUGAAGUCACUCAAGUACCUCAGCAACCUGACACUUCAUGACCGCAUCACCAAGUCACUCCUUCACCUGCACAAGAAGAAGAAACCACCUAGUAUCAGUGCACAGUUUCAGGCCUCUCUCAAUAAGCUAAUGGAAACCCUGGGUCAGUCUGAGCCUUAUUUUGUCAAGUGCAUCCGUUCCAAUGCUGAGAAGAUGCCGUUAUGGUUUAAUGAUAACCUGGUGCUGAGGCAGCUGCGUUACACAGGUAUGCUGGAGACCGUGCGCAUCCGGCAGUCUGGCUACAACGUCAAGUACAGCUUUAAGGAUUUUGUCCAUCACUUCUCUGUGCUGCUCCCAGAAGGCACCAGUGCCACCAGAGAGGCCAUCCAGCAGUGUCUAGACCAGCUGGACCUAGAACCAGAUGGGUACCAAGUGGGGAAGACAAUGGUGUUUUUACGGGAGGCUGAGCGUCAGCGGCUGCAGGUCUUACUCCACAGGGAAGUUCUCAGACUCAUCGUCAUGCUGCAGCGGCGAUUCCGAGCCUGGCUGGAGAGGAAGCGCUUUGUCAGGAUGAGACGAGCAGCAAUCUGCAUCCAGAAAUGGUGGCGCUCAUACCAGUCCAUACAAGAGGACCAGGAGGAGGAUUAUGACCCUAGUGUCCAGGAGGGGGCGGUUCUGUGUCUGCAGAAGCACUGGCGAGGUUACAGGGAGCGUCAGAAGUUCAGGCGGUGGAGGGUGGCUGCUCUGGUCCUACAGAGGGCAUGGAGGCUACGACUCCAAUGGCGCUCCACAGCAGCUGUGGUUAUCCAGACAGCCUGGCGCUGUCACCGAGCCAGAGAGGCAUACUUCAGUGUAUAUGGCGCUGUAGUACAACUACAGGCACUUAGCAGAGGCUACCUUGCCAGACAGAGCUUCAAAACACUGAGAGAACAGAGACUGAGGGAGAAGAAGGAGCAACAAGAGGAGCUGCUCCAUCUACAGAAUGGUCAGGUGGGUUUCUCACCAGAAGAAGAGGAGGGGCCACCUGAGAGACUCAUGGUGUUGGACCUCAGCACAUGGGAGGAUCGUUCCUAUAAGCAGCGAGAAAGGAGCCUCAGAAUCCUCAGCAGCAACAAGGGCACAGCUAAGGAGGAAGAAAACAAUGCUAGGACAAAAGGUAGCUCUUCUAAAGAGCUAGGUGAAGCAUCGGCCUCAAUGACAGCAUCCACUGUGGUGGUGCGAGAGAAGACCGGAACUGUAGAUGAGCCCAGCCAGAAAACAACUUGGUCCAAGAGAGCAAGCCGCCGGAUGAGAGAGUUGGAGCAGGCCAAGUUCAGCCUGGAGCUCCUCAAAGUCCGGGCCACCGGCAGUGGAGCCUCGUCCCCAUCUGAAGAACGGUGCCAGUCUGUCGAGCUGAUUCCCCCUGCAACCCCACCUCUUUGUUCACCCCAGGGCACGCCUGACAGCCAGAGCUCCAAAGGCAGCUUUGAGCUUCUCAGUAUGGAUGAGGCUACAGAAGAGGUAACAGACAACGAGGACCCCUGCUUCCCUCUUGCAUCUGUAGCUCCAUUACCUGAGCCUAAUGUGGAAGCUGUUUCAACAAGCCUGAAGCCAGUUGGGGUUUCUGAUGCUGUUGCCCAUCCAAGCAGCCAGGGCCAGACCAAAGUGGAUCUGGCAGUACCCUCUGCCCCCACACGUCCGCCCAAAAUCGAGAACUACCUCCCUACAUUUUAUGCCCCUGUUAGCAAUGACAGCUCUCCUUGUCCUUCUGAAGAGCCUCAAAAAAGCACAGAGGCAGCUGCCUCUACAACCACCACCACUGUUACCAAGCCUGUCAAAGAAUGGCAAGAAUCAAUACAUCAAUCAUUAGAGGUGGUGAUCAGUUUGCAGAAAGAAAGCCCACUAAGUGAUAUUGUCGGCCCCCGUGUUGAGGUUCGAGAUUCUGCAGCCCAGACAGGGGAACUGACCCCAUCGCCACAGGAACCAGACCCAGCUCCUGUGCCCCAAAGUACUGUCCUUACUCCUUCUGUCAUUGAGAAACUGGUGCGGCUGAAUCAGAAGAAAGAGGAGAGGCUGCGUAAUCAGCAGCAGCAAAAUGAAAAGGAGAUGAUGGAGCAGAUAAGACAACAGAAAGAGGUGCUGGAGCGGCAGCGCCUUUUCUUCGCUCAGCAUGAGAGGGACAUGUUUGAAAAACAAAGAGAAGAAGCUCUGCACAGAAUACAGCAGAGUCGGCAAGGUGGACAAGAUGCUGGGGGAACUGCGGCCUCUGGAGACCCCCUUAGACUCAGAUCCCUGCUGGCUGAGAGAACAGCAGGACUAGCAUUUUAUUCUAUAACACAGUCAGAUCCCACUGCCCCAUCAGUGCACUCUCCCCCAAGUGUACCCAUCCCAGUCAGUGCACCUCACCCCCAGUUGUCCCCUCCCCCUGCUUGUGCUCCCAAAGAAAGACAGAAGGCUGUCAAGCCUGGUGCCGAGGGCUGGGCACCCAAACUUAAGCUGGAGUCCCGAGGUGGAGGAGGAACCAAACUGAUGAGAACAACUCCCAAGAAGCCGCCAAGUAAUCAAGGCACCACAGUUGGUAGGCCAGAGAAGUCAGGCAACAUCUUCUUCUCUCCGAAGGACAAAGUGACAUUUACAAAGUUUGACAGUGAUGCUGUCACUGAAGACACACCUGUAUUCAUAUCCAUAGAAGGGCCCGCAUCAGUCUCCAAACCUUCUAAGGGAAUAAAAGUACGGGAUGUUGGCAGAGCGGGCCAAAAAAAGAAAGCCAGAAUGGCACGGACGCGCUCAGACUUCCUCACCCGCGCCCCUCUCGCCUCACUCAGGGGCGAUUCAGACGAGGAAGACUAUGAUGGCGACAGCCCCCAUCAUUAUGCUCUCCCCUACUCCAAACAGAGCUCCACCGAGGCAGGCUUAGGAGAGUCCUGUUUCAGUGACUCAGACAUGCCUGCAAGCUCCGAGGAGCAAAAGAAGAUGCAUAAAGCCAUGUCAUCAGGAGAUGGGGGCAAAGCAGACUCUCUGACCAAGAGCUCACAAGAUGGAAGGAUUCGUGGUAAGAUGCGUUUCUGGGGUAAGACCAAGCACAGGGAUAAGAAGACAUCCAGAGAAAAACUGCUAUCUGGGGCUGAUUCCUUGGAUGGUGACUACGCGGACACUGGUCUGUUACUGGGAGAAGCAGGCCAGGAAAACCUGUCGCCCCCUUGCAGCCCUGAUCUGGCAUCAGAUCAAGGGUUCAAAGACUCGAGGGAAAACAGGGAACCAUCUCCCAAGAUAAAACGAAGGCGCAGUGUUAAGAUCAGUAAUGUGGCUCUAGAACCUGCUCAGUGGCAGAAUGACGCGCAGCAGAUUCUCACCAGCAUCAGUGACUACAGGAGCAUGAAUGACUUCCUCAUGAAGAAGAUCAGCGACUUGGACACGGAGGACAGUAAAAAGGACACCAUGGUGGAUGUUGUGUUUAAAAAGGCUUUGAAGGAAUUCCGUCUUAAUAUCUUUAAUUCUUACUCCACAGUGCUUGCGAUGGAUGAUAGUAAAAGUAUCCGCUACAAAGACCUCCAUGCUCUGUUUGAGCACAUUUUGGAGAAGACCAUGCGACAGGAGCAGAGAGACUGGAGCGAGUCUCCGGUCAAAGUGUGGGUCAACACAUUUAAAGUCUUCCUGGAUGAGUUCAUGACUGAAUACAAGCCUCUGGACAGCACCCUCAGCAAGCAGAUACCAAAACUUGAAGGGAAAAAACGGAGGCAAAAGGACACUGACAUUGUGGAGGAGCAUAACGGCCACAUCUUCAAGUCCACCCAGUAUAGCAUCCCCACAUACUGUGAAUACUGCUCAUCUCUCAUCUGGAUGAUGGACCGUGCCUGUGUGUGUAAAUUGUGCCGCUACGCCUGCCACAGAAAGUGCUGCCAGAAAACAACCACCAAGUGCAGUAAGGUGUUUGAUCCGGAGCUUACCCCCAGACAGUUCAGCGUGGAAGUCUCUCGUCUGACUAAUGAUGAGAGGACGGUGCCCGUGGUAGUGGAGAGGCUUAUUAACUACAUUGAGAUGCACGGUCUGUACGCUGAAGGCAUAUACAGAAAAUCUGGGUCCACCAACAAAAUUAAAGAACUUAAGCAGGGACUCAACACAGAUGUGGACAGUGUGAAUCUGGAUGAUUACAACAUCCACGUCAUUGCUAGUGUUUUUAAGCAGUGGCUGAGAGACCUGCCUAAUCCUCUGAUGACAUUUGAGCUGUAUGAGGAGUUUAUACGUGCCAUGGGUUUGCAGGAUAAAAAGGAAACGAUCAGAGGAGUGUAUUCAGUUAUUGACCAGCUAAGCAGAAGUCACCUAAACACUCUUGAACGCCUCAUAUUUCAUCUUGUCAGGAUUGUCUUGCAAGAGGAGACAAACCGUAUGUCUGCAAACGCUUUGGCAAUAGUUUUUGCUCCUUGUAUCCUGCGCUGUCCCGACACCAUCGAUCCACUGCAGAGUGUCCAGGAUAUCAGCAAGACGACUGCGUGUGUAGAACUGAUCAUUUGUGAACAGAUGAACAAGUACAAAGUACGACUAAAGGACAUCAGUACCCUGGAGUUUGCUGAAAAUAAGGCCAAGUGCAGGCUGACCUUUAUCAGACGGUCAAUGGGAAAAGGCCAUGUGCAGCGACGAAGCUACCACAUGCCUUCGCCUCCAGUUAGUCCCCAGCUACCAUCUGCGGCUAGUACUGUGAUAGAGAGUGGCAGUGAAGAGGGAGCAGAGUCAUUUGCCGAAAUCUCAGAGCAUCAGCAGACAGCUAUGCAGCAGGAAGAGAGAGAGUUGACGGAGCAAAUUGAAACUCUGCAGAAAGAGAAAGAGGAAUUGACUUUUGAGAUGCUGGCUUUGGAGCCACGAGCAUCAGAUGACGAGACCCUGGAGUCUGAGGCCUCUAUCGGUACAGCGGACAGCUCUGAAAACCUUAAUAUGGACUCUGAGGGAAUCAUUUCUGACUUCUCCGAAAGAUAUGCAGUGUCGACAUCCGCCUGGCAUCGGAGAUCUGACAGAAAGAGCCCCCAACGCCGCACUCUCCAUCGGCAGCCUGACUCACUCGAUUCUGUAGACUCUUGCUCCAGUGUUUCCUCUUACUCCUCCUCGUCACAGUUCCACCCAUCAUCCACUUCCUCCUCUGCCACCACUAGGCGCCUUCAUUUCCACUCCAAGUCUCCCUCCCUAGAGUCAGGUCCAGCCCAGUCCCAAGCACAGGCUUUAAUGUUAUCUCAAGCAUCUCAAUCCAACAGUAUAGACAGCAACCCCACAGGAGAUCAGGAAAGCAUGUAUGAUGAAAAGCCCCAGUUUACCAGCCGAGGCACUUUCAGUCCAGAGAAGAGCAAACAGAAAGUUAAGGGGGCUAAGUAUUCGGCCCCGAGACACUCCAGAGAAGGAGGCAGCCAUGGGAAGGACCCUCCCAACUUAUCACAGCAGGUUGCAAUGUAUGGUAGUAAUGAAUUCAUGGUAUGAAGGACACUGGGACACCAAAGCACUCCCCAUCCAACUCCUUGGCAGGGAUGUAAGUUCUCAAAGUACUCUUGCCUUCCCCUUUCUUUGUUGAAGUCUACAAAGAAGUUUCCCCAAGUGCCAUGUACAGCGUUUCCACCUCCAAAGUGGGGAGAUAUUUGGCAGAGGGACAGGAAUCAGUUGAAGGGUUCCUCUUCCAUGAACUAAUACCACCCGUGUUCAAGCAGUGCCUUGGCAGUGCCCUACUCAGCACCAAGAGGAGGACACAGAAAAGGGAAAGUUGGAAUAUGUGGAAGACCAUUCUGAAUCAGGGAAUGUUAUGGAGCUGUAAUGCUGAAUCAGUGUACUAAAUUAAAUAAAAAGAAAAGAGGGAACUUGAGACAUUACGGAUGUUACAGUGAACUUAAAAAUCACAAUAAUUAGCUGCUUUAUAAAUUACCGUGAGUCUUAGUAGUGGUUGCUCUUAUGAUUUUUUUUUUCCUUUAUUUAAUAAAUUUUAAUGUCAUUGAAAUUCUUUAUAGCAUAUAAUAUACAGGGAAACUGUACAAAGCCAGAGCACCGGCCGCUGCUGGGUGAGUGAAGUCAAAUAUUUAUCUUUUUUUUUUUUUUUUGGGUAUUUCGAACAGGGUUGUUUG